UUUCGUUUUCGUUUCUCGUCGCGACGCAAGUGCUGGUGAAAUCGUUGUGGCAAAAGCCUAUUUAAAGCUGAUAAAAAUUACUGCAAUGGCCCCGUGUCCAAGUUAGGAGGCUUUUUGGACAGCCGAAACUCUAUUUAAUAACAUUAACACAAAGAGUUUAAGGGAAAAUAUAUUUUCCUCGAAAAACAUAGCAUAGCGAGUGCGGACAACGUUAAAAGAAGAAAGCAAAACGUGAGUUGAACAGAGAGUAAGAAGAUCGUUUCUCUCCCUCUCUCUCAGCCCUCUACUUGCGGACUUGCGCUCUCUUUACCUUCGCUGUUCAAUACGGAAUACAGUUUGUUAUUAUUUGUUUUUCAUUCUGCCGUUUGUUUUCCGCGCUCUCGGAUAGUUUCGCUCAGUCUCGCCGAGGCGCGCGACUUUCUCAAAUUGCAAGUGUAAAAUAGUACGAAAUGUAGUAUGAAAGGCAAGCCGCAUUAGUAUACGAUAGUGUGUGUAAAUUCGGUGUGAACGCGAAGUGAGCGGCUCGGGACGACGCAUUCGUUUAUUUUCCGCCCCGUGGGAGAUUUUGUUAAAUGCAUUUCGUCUUCGCCAACGGCACGUUGCGUGCGGUGCUUUGAUUCUGGAGGUGAAAGGGCGACUACACUGUACAGCGUGGAGCUGCAAGAGCAGUGUGAAGCUAACAUGGAUGCACAGUUCGAGCACUUGUGCCGCAUUUGCGCGGCCAACACGAAGAGCAAGACCAACUCCGUUGUGGAGAGUGUGUUCAUCUUCAAGACCCGAGGCCUCAAGGAUAAGAUAUCGCGACACCUCUAUCUGAACGUGGCUGAAGACGAUCCACUACCCAAGGUGCUCUGCAAGUCGUGCUACCGACAGGUGGAGGCUACGGCCUCGCUUUCAAACAUUGCCAAGCACACUCAGCUUGUGUUCCGGGACUUUCUACUCAGCACUUUGCCCAAAAAUGCACGAGAAGCAGCCGCCGCACGACUUAGCGUUCCUCCAGCGGCCCAGCUGGCUGAAAGAAGCGAGGACAACCUUGCACAGAUCGACGAGUUCCGCCCUAUUAUACUAACCCACGUGCCGGAGACCACCAUCACAGUGUCCAACCCGCAACCUGGGAACCGACCUCAGGAAGGCGGCGGCAACCUUGAUACUAGAUCCAACAAGGCAGAUGAAUUUCGCCCUAUUUUACUGACUCGUGUGCCGGAGACUACUAUCACAGUGUCUAAGCCGAAGACUGGGACUACACCUAAAGAUGAUGGUGUAGUCGUCAGUAAAGUCAGGGAGCAUAGAGAAAGUGUUUUGCCUCCUAGUAUUGCAACUGGAAACAGCAAUUUGCUGCCGACACGUCGCAGUAGCGUCUUUGUGGAUUCUCGCUACGGAUCGGCGCCGAUGUCGAUUGCACAGCGUUCUAUGCAGCAUUUGCCUUCUUUGGUGCCUCUAACAUCCGAGGUAUCGGCAACAAGUGUCUCCAAAAAGAACCCAGAAAGGAAACUCUCGCCAGCCGGUGUAAUAAACUUCAUUCAGACACACGGACGCAUUACCGGCAACGUCGCAGUGGUCGGCAAAAUUGACAACUCGGAAAACACCAGAACUAGGACGGCGAUACCAGUUGCGCCAACUACUAAUGCGCAAGGGACCGGGAUGGCAAAUCUGCCCAGCAACGUGUUACAACAAAAACGCAGAAAUCUUAAAAACGCCUUGAAUAACAUCAAAGCCAUAAACAGCGGGCAGAUGUCCCUUCUUAAGUCGGCACAAGUCCGGAACCCAGUCGAUGAUAUUCAGCCCUCUGUGACAGCAACAGUAGUUCCUCAAGAAGCCCUGUACGGGUGUGAGCCCUCGGUAGAGGAAGCGUUGCCGGAGCACAUGAUCUUUGCUGCGCCAAAGAAGAAGCGGGAGGACGAAGAGACGGUGGUUCAGGCGGUUCCGCCAAAGUUAAAGAAAGGCGUGCCGGCAAGUCAAGCCAAGUCACUGCCGUUGGCGCUCGACCUGAUUGAAUCAUCGGCCGGCCGCUCACACGUUUCAGCCCCGACAAAAUCAAUGCCAAAUGUAAAAAGCCUCACAGAUGCCAUUUCCUUGGGUAGCGUUAUAAGGGAUCCGGAUUUGUUGAUGCUAAUUCUUAAAGCAUUGAAGUGGCCAGUAUCUGCCGGGAACUGUGAAGAGCAAAUGGCUCGACUGAAAUGCUCAAAGUUUGCUGUUAUAAUGUCGGAUACCAACCUCCUACAGGACACGGACCUCACACAGCUUCUGGGUCCCUAUCUGGGCCCCAUGCUGGCGGUUGUUCAACAGCAAGAUAAACAGGCGGCUUCACCGGCUAUCGCGACUUCUGGUCCGAACAGUUCCCUAUCAGCCACAAAGGAUUUACUAAACCUUACAGACCUAUCCAGUGCAAUGCCUUACAAACUACCGCCAGAGACGUCGGUUCAGCUAGUACCUUCCAGUCCCACAGAGCUGGAAGACCCCCCUCUGCGACCCACGAAGUCGAUUAGCGUAUCUCCUGUGAAACGAUCACAGCGAAAAGCACGGGUUCGCGAGCGACCAGCCGGUCAGCCACCAGCUUCAACUUCGAAUGCAGCGCAUGUGAGCAGCGAGCUAUUGAAUAUCGACGCUAUGCUUUUAUCACAAUUUGGAUCAAAUCCAGCCGACGCGCUUAACGAGGCCCUUAUCUCACUGCUUAAGCAGCAGCAUGAGUCAAAAGAAAAACGUAGUUCCCGCCGACGACGUAGUCCAUCAAACAGUGUGGUUAAUUUAGAGGAUAUUGUGCUAGUCGAGCCACAGCCGCUGGAGCCGGAAUCACACGUUUCGGGUGACACCGUGGAUGUCGUAGAUGACCGUUUGGCUAAGCAACCCCCCCAAACAGAGCCACCUGCAAUUACACGACCAAUUGUUAAGAGGCGUAGGACCGUCGUUCAGGCCUUAAAGUCGCCUGGAACUGUAGGGCGUAGCAAUAGGGACUCGUCCCCCACUAUGACUUUAAAAUCAUCUUCUACCGGUAUCCCUGAGGAAUCCCAGCAAUCGGAAAAAACUGUUCAACAAGUGAUACAAUCAAUUAAAGAACCGACGGCUGAGCCGUCCCAGGCACCCACAAGCACAGUGCCAGAGGCUGCGAGCCAACUCGCCGAUACUCUACCAGCAAUUGCGCAAGAGCUUCCUGAAGCCAUUGAGGCUUCUCCGUCGAAUGGAGCUAGUGGAGAUACGGAAAACGACAAAGCAGACACGGCACCCAUUCGCAAGUCGGAGGGUAAGGCUGCGCUCGGCCAAAAGCUGCUUGAGGCGAUCGGACUUCCCCAGCUUGGCAAGGAUGUUGCGCCAGAGAGCUCGCGCGACACCCUUAGGAGCGCCCUGAAGCGAUCACUGAAGCAAGCGCAGGAACAACAGCAGCAACUGAAGCGUGUGAAGCAGGAGGAGCCCGUGAAGCAACUGGCAGAUUCUACGACCAAGCUCAGUGCGGCCGAAUCGGCGGAUGAGCGCAAGAAAGUGAUUGCGGAACGAGAGCUGGCACUGCUGAAGCGCAAAACGACAACAUGCGGGGAUGACACCAAGUUAUCCGUUAAGGACGAGAAAUCUGAACGCACCGAUGUGACUUCUUCCUCAUCUCGCAAUCGCCGGAGCCGUAAAUCCAAGACGGACGCAACAGGUGACUCGGGCGAUGAAGAAAGGAAAUUGGAUCGAUGGGACGACGAUGACGAGUUGCCGUUGAAGACGGACGCUGAAAAGGCUAUGGAACGAAGCAGCAGCAGCACCACUAACAUCCGGCCGCCACGCACAAGCAAGAGCUUGUCUAAGUAUUACAAGGGACCGUCCCCCAAGUCUCAGCAUGCCAUGGGUACGCGUUCUACACGGCAGCGAUAAUUACUUUCUGGCCACAACAUUUUUUUUCACAUAUGAAAUAUGAGGAAUUAUUUUUGAAAAAUGAUAAAUAAAUAGCAUAAGUAUUUUGGAAAGAUUCAACUUCAACUUCAAGGCAAA